UUUUUGUCUGAAAACCAAAAGGAAAAAAAAAAUAUCUUUCCUUUCUUUGGACGGUCUCUCUUGUUCAAUCUCUCCACGAUUCUACCUUUGCGUUAUCCCCAAAAUUCGCAACCUUUUUUUCUCUCUCUUCAACACAAUGGGUCCGCUUGCCAUCACCCAGCUAGCCACCGGUCUUAGCGUCUUAGCCGGCGCGGUUUUAGUCAAAUCGGUUCUUGACCAAAAGCCUAUGGCCGGUGGUCCUUUCCCUCGUUGUCCGACCUGCAACGGUACGGGACGUGUCACGUGCUUCUGCUCUCGAUGGUCUGAUGGAGAUACUGGAUGUCGCAGGUGUUCCGGUUCUGGUCGGGCGGCUUGUAGCAACUGCGGAGGUACCGGAACCGGUACACCUUUACCGGUUCAGAUCACGGUUCGGCCGCCGAGUCGCCCUUUCUAAUUCCAAAGAUUUGCAUCCACUCUGAUGAACUGGUUGUUCCAGGAGCAGAGAUGAUAGAGUUUAUGGAUGUAUCUAAGUCAUCCAGCUCAUCGUCACUCGUGUAUUGUUUCUUAUAUACCGAUGACCCGACUUCUGAUAAAGAUGGGUUGUUCAGCUCUCCUAUGAAGCGUUUUAUGGAAUCUGUAGACGGCAUUAAGUAUACUGUUGGUGAUGCUGCACACGGGAAGACUAUAAUGCAUCCAUUAUCUUCUUCGCUCAAACCCUGAGUUUCAGACAAAAGGGUUUGUCAAGAAAAGACACACACACUGACUAUUGUAGUGUGAAGACGGUUUUUAUUCUAACCUCGGAGUUCAGAACGUCGAAUAGCCUUCUAGGGAUUCUGUGCGGGUUAAACUCAUCUGGGACAAAGUUUCGUAGAACUCUUUUUAUUAUUGGUGGACCAAGUGUUGGACAAACCUUUCAGAAAAAAAUAUUAGUCAAAAAGUGUUUUUGGAACAAGAAGAAAUGAGAUGUGAGUAGUGUAGCUACUUACCUCUCUUCUUGUGGAUUCGUCUGCAAGCAUUUUGAAUGGAAGCAUCAUUAGAUCGCCUAA